AUGGGGCACGAGUCGGCGACACGGUACGUGGCGGCUGCGGCGAUUCAGCGGUGGCUUAAGCGCCGGCAGGAGGUGACGCGUGCGGUGCGGCUCUUGGGCAUUCUGCGGGCGCUGCAGGACGAAGCGAAAGGCAAGACGACCGUCGCGCACCUCCUGCAGGACGUGAGGAGCCCCACCGACGCAGGGGCCAGGACAACCGUCGACAGUGACGACGAGGGCGUUUCCACACGCGAGACGGUCGGCUUGCUGCUUGCGUUGGCGGUCGCGUACGCGGAGAGGCUGCACACGGAAAACUACGCGCGGCGCCGCAGGUGCGGCGGGGAGGCCGGGCGACGGCUGCUGCUUCUCUCGGACGCGGCGCUGGAGCAGCUGGGGCUGGAGGUGAGGGCGGACCGCGGCCCGCGGGGCCUGCGGCAGUGCCUGGACGCCUCUUGCAUCGCCUGCCUUUCGCGUCUCGUUUGCGGCGCACAGGAGGCGGGGGAGGCGGCGCGGCUGCGGCCGCUGUGGUGGGGCCUGCGGCGCGCGCUCUCGGCGGACGCCCCCGUGGCGCCGCCCCACACCGUCCUCAACACGCUGGACGACGUCCCGCCGCUCCCACGGCCGCCGGUGGUGCGGGUGGGGCAGCCGCUUGCGGCGGCGCGGGAGUCGCAGACGCCGCCUCCCGCGAACAACGACGGGGAUGACGAUGUCGCGUUUGACACUAGCGGCGGCACAGGCGACGACGACGACGACGACGACGACGACAGCGAGGACGUCUACAGCGACGAGGAGUACUACGCGCGGCAGAAGGACCGGGAGCAGGUGCGGGUCGCCCGCAUCAUGUCUCUGCUGCAGAUGGACGACCCAACGACGGCGGCGGCAGGCAAAGACGCCACAGACGAGGCUGCCGCACGGGAAUCGUACAUGCAGUUGUUUGGCGAUGUGGGGGAUGUGCUCUUCCCUGCACUCAACGCGGCGAAGACGACGUCGCGGAAGGCCGCGUCUGCGACGACGGCGACAGGCGCCGGUGGCACCCCCAACUGCUGCUGCAUUGUGUGCGAGUUGCAGGACGAGGCGGACCGCCUCGCGCGGUGUCCGUGCGGCGGCUGGGUGCAUGAGGAGUGUGCGGUGAGCGUCACCAAUGGCGUGCCGCGGUGCUCACAGUUUUGCCCCUCAUCGUAG